GUGUUGUACCGCGCAAUCGACAUGCUGGUGCGCGACAACUCGGACAGCGUGUUGCGAAGCGGCUAUCGGAAGCGGCGUCCCAACAGCCGUGCGGCUUACCAGCGCGGCAUGUACCACUCGGAGCCCUGGAGCCCCAACACCGCCAAGGAUGCGCUGCUGGGCCCUCCCUGGCGUCAGCUGCUGGGGCGGCUGGGGGACGACCUCAUGCUGCAGCUGCUGACCCGUGGGUCACUCUUCCUGGGACUGGGCGCAGGGAACUUCCUGCAGGUCUCUGGGCGGGCCAUAACCGAGUUAGCAAGGGAACGCUACCAAAUGUACAG